AUGGCCACCGAUCCUCGUCUCGGGUAUGAUGCCUCCAAAUAUCGCGGGCUAGAUCCCGAUUCCCAUACUGCAGAGAAGUUGCACCAUGCAUCUUCAAGACACAUACACAUGACAAAUCGGCGAUUCUUCAUCGGCCCCAUUCCACAGGGCUGGUUGCAGAAUCACCGCAAAUCAUGGUGGAGGACGAGGCUCAGGUUGAGUAAAUAUUCCUCAAGAACAGUCACUUUCUCUGCAGAUCCCAUGGUGGCGCGAUACUCUGAGGAUUACGACACUGAAGAAUUCGACUCAUCCUCCGAAGAAGAGUCAGCUGGUCUGGCCGAUACAACAGAAGAUGAGGAAACCGAGCGGGAGCCCGAGGACGAAAUGAGCGAACAUGACGCUCGUCCCCGAAAGAGCUUACGGUCUAUACCUUACACCCUUUCUGAAGAGAAUGAGGUCUCGCGGACGUUUACUGCAGACACUAGUCGGUCAGCUUCCAGUGAAACAUCGAACCACGAAGACGCAUCUACUAGGAGACAAGAUGGUGGUUCUGCAUACUACACGGCUCAUGAGCGCGGCCCAAGCGAUGCAUCUGCGGACCCCAGUAGAAUGGGGUCGGAGCAACCCAUGCAGGAACAAGACGGGCAAAGGCUACAGGUUCCUAACCAAUAUGCUGAGAGUCAGUCAAGCCCCAUGAUUCCUGCUAGUGAUCAUGGAUCCACAACUGGGUUGCUAAGACCAGCUUCGCGAUCCAAAGGAAAGGGAAGGGUACCUUCCACAUCAACACUUGCAGACUUAGAGCAGCAUGAGCCCCGGAUGGAGAGCGACGAUGAGCAGUCAAUUCCGCAUGGGAAGCGAGUUAGAAGUAACCCGUUGCACAAGAGGGCCGUCAAGUACAAUCUGGAUGACAACCUUUUGGAUAAACAGCAGCGACUUUUCUCUCGUAUAUCGAGGACACAGGGAGUCUUGUCGCGGCAUCGACCGCACAGGCGAAAAAUCCAAGAAGGGGAGGUACUGAAAGCAGAGAAAAUGCUUGUCCGAAUUGAAGAGACACUACAGGACAAACUCCCUGAUGACUAUACAGAGAACGAUAGUCUCAAGUCAGAGAACCGAGUUGUGGACCAGUGGAGAGAAUAUCUCGUGGCAUGUCGAGUGUCUGCCAAUGCAGAUGCGCCAUUCUCUCUCCAAAUGUACAAGACUCGUGUCAUUCCUGAAGUGCAGAAAGCAGGUACGCGGGUGUCACCGCAGUAUGAGAUUCCGUUGGGACGCAAAAGGAUCAAGGUCAACCUCUACUCGCACCUAGACAAAACCAUUGUUCUCUGGGGUCCCUGUAAGCGAGGAACAAAGAUUUUCAUAAUACGGCCAAAGUCUGCGGCGCAUGCUAUGGAAUGGUACACUUUCCUAAGCCAGGUGCUAGGAAGGCGCCGACCAUCUUCGCUUCCAAUCUAUGUGCCAGAUCUUGGAGUAUCGCUUGUCUUCAAGAACCCUUUCGAGCAACUGGAAGCAAUAUACUCGAAGAAAGGGAAGAGUGGUGUGUUAGGUCGAGCUGCAACGGAGGAGAAAUCUGUCGCCACGGCCAUUGUACGUGGGUGCCUGGAGAUGCUGGAGCACCGGCCUGAAUGGGCCGAGGUCUUGAAUCGCUGGUCGAAAACUGAGAUUAUGGGGCUUGCCUGGAAGCGGUAUGACCGAUUGGAAUGGGUUUUUGGCAGCAAUGAGGCCAACAUGUACGGGUCGCUUGCGAUGCAUACUACCCACGAGCUCGAGCUGCGACCGAGGCAGCAUUAUCACACCUACGUCAAACACGACAACGAAAAAGAGGAUGAGCCUUUGCCCGUGGAAGGCUUUCUUGUGCGUCUCACAUCGCAACGUGGUGUACACCAACGGCUGAACAAGAUGUUCUUUAAACGACUGUAUUUCUUCACUCAAGAUCACCACCUCUUCUUUUGCAGGCCCUCCAGAUCACUGCCCCCAGCACCUCCGAAGCUCGCACGGGACGAGUUUACUAUGCCCUCGACACAGCAGAUCCUGGACGCCUCCCCUCUCUCCUACGAAAUUGACCCCUAUCCGUUGCAAGACGGAGAAAUCACGUGGCUCUCAAGUGGCAACAAGGAACACGUCGCAAAACACGACGAAGACGCCUAUGCCCAUCAGCAAAGGAAUGCACACAAUAUUGAGCAUGCGGAUGGUUUCAUUGAUCUCAACCGGGUCAAGGAAGUGCGCAAUGUUCAUCGCGAUAGUUGCCCCGCUGACCCCAACCUUGAACAAGGGCCGGAUGUCGAUUUUCACCCUGACGCACGAGAUUCGCAUAGAGAUGACGGCGCUACGAAGCAGUUUGAUGAUAACAGGACGUUUGAGCUGGUACUGCACAAUGACCUUGUCGUUCGGUUCCAGGCAUACGACGAGAUAACCAAAAAUGAAUGGAUGAAACGCUUGGAUGCAUUGGUAAAAUACUGGAAGGUCCGGCUGGCGACCGAUGCAGCGGAGCUGAAGCUUCUCCGCCAACGUAACCAAGAACUUCUUGGGAUCGACGAGGAGAUGGAGUCCAUCAUGGGCCAAUUUGCGCGGAAGUGGGAGGUGAAGAAAGCCGAGGCAUCGCCUCUGUUGCACAAUAUCUGUGCUCUUUCCGGCUGCCGGACAAUUAAGAUGUCGGGGCAGUUGUACCGAAAACCUCGUCGUCACAGCACCUUCAAGCGAUGUCAUGUAGUGCUCAUGGCCGGGAAGCUGCUGAUCUUCCGCACCUCCCUGCGCAAGCGUAAUGGGGCGGAAGUGCCUCAUAUACAUCAGAGCUUGGAGACGACGAUUGACCUCGCCGACUGUUAUAUAUAUUCGGGUCUCUUGACCGACUCGGACUUGCUCUACACGAACCAGACCUUUGACAGCAAUCGCCCUGGUCACCAUUCCCUCCCGCGAGUCUACCUCUCGACUGAUGUCUACACAAGCAGCGACGAGGAUACCGCUAUUGCCUUCGUAAUCUGGCAGCCCCUCCGGAAGAAUUACUUUCGGUCACGCGAGUACGGGACCAAGGGGGAGAAGCGGCAGCGACUAAAGCAGGUAUCGACGCUGGGAGUGCACGGACGGACCAUCGUCUUCAAGGCGCGCAGUCGUGUGGAGAAAGACCGGUGGGUGUUGAGUAUCGCCUCUGAGAUUGACCGACUGCAAGAUGAUCGACCGGAGGAUGUGCGUAUAAUCUCACAGCAGAAUUAG